GGCCUCUUUAAUCUGGCAAUCUUAUGACUGGCCCAAUAUCAUUCCAACUUAAGGACUGGAAAAUGGCUAACAAACCAAAGAUUCAUGUUUUUUUGGGUGCCCCAUGUCCCCAAGCACUUGCUGAAGAGGUGCAGGAGAGACCAGCCCCACACUGGAAGACUAUGGACCUCACUUGGAGUCAAGGCAGGUUGAUUCCCAAGGACACCAUUAGAGAAGCCCAAACAGAUGAUGCAUGCGGUACGAUGGUUAGUGGAAGAACACAAUCUGCAGUUACCUCUGAGAGAGCACCUGAGAGUACAAAGGACAGAACGGAAACAUCACAGGAUGAUAGUACUCCAUCGGGCUGCCAGUGCUCUCAAUCCAAGGAAAAGUCUGUUGAAGAAGAGGAGUUGUGUCCUGUAUUAGUGACAGAAUACCUAGAUAGUUGCUUCUCCUCACAUACUAGUUUAAAUAGACAUGGCAGAGAUGGAAGGCCUACCUCGCCUGUUUCAACAGAGACUGAGUAUCUGAGUACAUGGACAAAGUCCCAAGCCUUGCUUCUUCGAAGUAGAGUGUCCCGAUGUGAAACUUCUGGUUUUCUUGAAGACUUUCUUUUUGGUUCUCCACACACCCCUCCCAAACAAACGCCCUCAGCCUCUAUAAGUUCCCCAGAGUUGUACAGUCCUGUGGUCAGCCCUGAAGAGAGGGGCUUGGGGGGAACCUUGCAAAGCUCAGGAGAGUGGCAUAAUGAGAGUCUAAGCCAAAGACAGCAGGAGAGAGGGGUGAUUCUUGAAGUCACACCUGACGGCAUCCUCUGCUCUCAAUGUAAUGCUAUGGCUGAAAAACCUGUGGAUCAUGAGGAAGUUGGGCUUAAUAUUGACUCACCAAUUACAUUUGAACAGACUUCACCUAGUCCCACUACUUCUAAAAGGAUGAAGUUGUCUCAGUCUGUAAGUAAAACUAAAGAAACAACAGAGCAGAGGGCAAGAACUACCGCUGCCCCCCUCUGUGGUCCUUCAACCCUGCUGGCCAGGUGUAAGACUCAUGAUGUACGAUACGCCAUCUUGGUUGCUGUGGUGCAUCCAUGCCACUUAAAAGAGGUCAAAGUGAAAACUGGAGCUUCAGCUGGAACCAGUGUGCCUCUAGCAACACUGAUUGUCACAGACCAAUCAGAUGUGGAGAUGAAGGUGGUGCUAUGGAGGACAGCGGCUUUCUGGGCUCUGACAGUUUUUCCAGGAGAUAUUCUGCUAAUUACAGAUGUGACAGUGCACAUAGACAAGUGGAAGACUGAGACUGUCCUGCAGUCGUCCUUCACCAGUAAGCUGCUGAAUUUGGGACAGGUCACAAGGGAACGUACUCCACUAGCCCCACAGAAUUUGAACUGUCAUAAAUUGAGAACGCUGUGCACUCAUCUGUGUGAGAAGCGCCCCCUGUUGGUGUCUCUGCCUCCUCACAAGCCUCAGGAUUUGCACUCUAUUCCCUUCAUCCGCCUCGGAGCAUUACGUCCUGACACAUUGGUUCAUGCUCUGCUUAGGGUUAAACACUGGAAAUUAAUCACAGCUUGGCGUGAUGAAGCAGAGGGGAUAUCCAGAUCAGGUGGUGUACUAAAAGCCAUUUUGAAUGUGGAGCAAAGAGAUGGCCACCAAGGUGCUGUUAUACUUUGGGGAGCUACUCUCUCUUGGCUGCAGCGUUUGGAGAGGAACAAAGAUGCUGUGUGGGAGUUCAGGCUGCUGCUGGUCAGACAGGAUGUGACCUCAGGUUUGCUAGAGCUGCAUUCUACUCCAUGGAGCACCUGUCAUCCUCUCUUUCCUGAUGACAAUCGAUGUAAGGAGUUUUACAACACUGGCUGCUCACAGAGAACCGCUAGAAGUUUUGAGAUUGAUCUCAGCACACUCCUGUCCCAGAAAUACUCAGGGGAUGUAGAGCUGAGAGUUAAAAUCACGGUGUUCCAGUUCCAGAGCAGUCCAUCCCAGGAGGCCUCACUGUUAAUAGAUGGCAACACGCCCUUGGAGAGGAUCCUGGACGUAGUCUCUGGUGACAUCAUCUUUGCCGGCUGUGGCCAGUGCUCUGCAGAACUGGAAACAGAUGAGAACAGCAUAUACAGACCCUGCUACCCAUGUCUGCCACACACAGGAGUGCGUCGCUACUAUAGGCCAGUUGUUUUAACUGUGAGAGCUGGAGAUGAUCAAAUCUGCGUGCAAGUCCCUUCUGCUCUAGUGCAGAAGAUCCUCCUGAACACUCCCCCAGAUAAGCUACAUAAGACCAUAGCCCCAGCAUCAGAGGUGAGGUUCAUCCAGGUAGUAGCUAACAGGAUUAGUUCCAUAUUGACCCCCAUGAAGAACACAUUUAUCCUGACGGUCCGAAGCCAUUUCCAGUGUGAUGACAACAGCAUUCCUGUCAUUCAGAACUUUUUAUUAUUAGACUUCAGCUCACUAGAGGUGUGAAGAAUAAUAAUGUACCUUUAAGAUGAUGCUGUGUAUUUUAUGAUAGGAUUAUUCUAUGAUUAAGCUGUCUUGUCUAAUUUUAUUAUCUAAUUUUCACAACACAUGAUUAUUUUU